AUGGAGACAGGGAACCUGUCCUCUGAUUUAAAUGAUACCAUAGCCAAAUUUCACAAUGAGCUACGGACAAUGUAUAAAUACUAUGAUGAGAUAGUGGAUGCCAUCCAGCAACUUCCACCCGAGGCCGUACAAGAUUCAUUGGUAAAUACUAUAGAUCAGGUGGCCUACUUGUGUUUAAUGUAUGAUCAAGAAUACACCUUAAAGGAAACCAUUUCAAACUGCAUACAAUAUCACAAAAUAACAGAACAAGAAAAUACCGUCUUUGUGGCGGUCUGGAAUAUACAACCAUUUGUUGAAGAAGAUAAGCUAAAAUUUAAUUAA